AUGCUAACGCCCUCAAGGUGGCUGAUCCGAGCUGCACGAUCAGCACAAUUUGUCUUGCGCCCCCGUCGAUGGCAGCGAUGUCUUGCCAGCGUCGUCAAUACCGCUCCUUCCAUCGAACGUGAAGAGGCCAUCCAACUCCGCAAUUAUCAGGAAGAAUGCAUACAGUCAGUGCUAUCGUAUCUAGCGCAAGGUCGGAAACGCCUGGGCAUCUCCCUUGCAACUGGAAGUGGAAAGACUGUGAUUUUCACACAACUCAUUGACCGGGUCCACGCACCCGAUGAAAAUGCGAAACAAACGCUCAUUCUUGCGCACCGACGGGAACUAGUUGAGCAGGCAGCUAGACAUUGUGAAAAGGCAUACCCAGACAAAAGCAUAGACAUCGAGAUGGGAGAGACUAAAGCAUCUGGGGCAGCGGAUAUCACUAUUGCAUCCGUUCGCAGCAUGAUCUCAGGUGAUCGGUUAAGCAAGUACGAUCCCUCCAGUUUCAAACUAGUACUCGUCGACGAAGCCCACCAUAUCGUGGCACCAGGAUAUCAGCAAGUUUUGGAACAUUUUGGACUGCAAAAAGAAUGUGAACAUGGUCCUGCACUGGUUGGGGUCUCUGCCACUUUCUCUCGCUUUGAUGGGCUCAGAUUGGGUUCCGCCAUAGAUCACAUUGUCUACCAUAAAGACUACGUGGAUAUGAUUGGAGAAAAGUGGUUGUCAGAUGUCAUGUUCACAACCGUGGAAUCCAAAGUGGACCUUUCUAGAGUCAAAUCGGGCCAAGAUGGGGAUUUCCAAACAGGCCAACUUGGGGCGGCCGUCAAUACCGUCGUCUCAAAUGACAUUACUAUCAACGCAUGGCAGUCAGAAGCAAGCGACCGAAAAUCGACAUUGGUGUUCUGUGUUGAUAUUGCACACGUCACGAGCCUCACGGCAGCUUUCCGACAGCGUGGGAUCGAUGCACAGUAUGUUACGGGUGCUACCAAAAAGAUAGUCAGGGGCGAACGACUCGCAGCAUUCAAGAAUGGAGGGUUUCCCGUCCUGCUUAACUGCGGUGUAUUCACCGAAGGUACAGACAUACCCAAUAUCGACUGUGUUCUUCUUGCACGGCCCACAAAAUCUCGAAAUCUGCUGGUACAGAUGAUUGGUCGGGGCAUGCGUCUGCACCCUGGAAAGAAGAACUGUCAUGUCAUCGACAUGGUUGCUUCACUCGCGACUGGUAUCGUAACUGUCCCUACACUGUUUGGCCUUGAUCCUAAAGAGCUUGUCAAGAAAGCCAGUGUUGGUGACCUUGAAAAACUUAAAACCCAACGAGAAAGCGAAAACAUGGGAUUUGAUACGAGCAUACUCAACCCUGUGAAGUCAAGGAACUCCUCUGACUACCAUAGCCUCAAAUUUACCCACUACGACUCUGUCCACGACCUUAUCGAGGAUACCUCGGGCGAACGACACGUCCGUGCCAUGUCUCCUAACGCUUGGGUGCAGCUCGACGAACAUAAGUACAUUCUAACAGCCAGUGGAGGAGUUGUGACCUUGGAGCGGCAACUUGAAACAGACAAGCAAAGGAAAGAUUAUUUUGCCGUAAUCUGGAAGCAUAAGCUGCCCCAAGCGGGUCUUAGCAGAUCACCUUGGUCCCGACCACGAAUCGUGGCGACAGCAUCCAAUCUGACUGACGCCCUACGAGCGGCCGAUACUUUCGCAGCGAGCCAAUUUUCGCGAUUCCUCAUCGUUUCGAAUUCCCCCUGGCGGAAGAAACCCCCAUCCCAGUCGCAGUUAAAUUUUCUCAAUCGCUUACGCGAAGUCAACAUGGAAGAGCUAUUGACUGAAAACGACCUGACCAAAGGCCAGGCCGGCGAUAUGAUCACCAAGAUCAAGUUCGGAGUCCGGGGCCGGUUCGAUCGUCUGCAGGCCGAGCGGAGGAAGUUACAGAGGGAGGCAAAUAAAGUGCAGGAAAUGAAGGAUCGGGAGACCGUUAGGGUUGGACCUGUAGAACAAUGA